AUGUAUUAAAUCUUCAGAGCUAUGAGAAUGAUGAAACAGAUUAUCAGACCUAUGAGAUUUUGUGCUCCUAUUGUGGCUACCAAUAAUUACUUAAAUAUAUACAAUUUGAAUCAAUUUUACAUGAAUUUGUUAAUUGACAUCAAUGAAGAGGAUGA